AUGGCUUCGAAUAAUACAACAGAGCAGAGCGCAUUUAUGUUUCGUGACGGAUAUGACAUACCGGUUUAUGGACUGGCCAAUGGGAAGUUUUAUUACGUGCACAUUCCGGCAAUAGUUUGUAUAGCAGUUAGCCUUUCGUGUGCAUUGGCAGCUAUAACUCUCUCGUUCCGCCGUAAGAGCUACAGGACGUUCUUCAGCAAAUGGUCCAAGAGCGAACGAUUGGUCGUGUAUUUGUCAACAUUCGACGCCCUGUUCAGCGUCUCCCAUUUGCCUGACCAUCUGCAAAUUGUAAUCACCAAGGACCAUGUCCGACCAAGGGAGCUUUGUACGAUAUAUGGCUUCAUGUUGGUCGUGUUCUUUGCCGCACAGAUGCUGAUCGUAAACGUUGUGGCGAUAGAUGCGUUCGUGAUGAUGUACUUCAACAAGAAGAUAUACUUCGGCAAGUAUGACAGUGGACUGUUGGUCUUGACCUUCGGUGUGCCGUUCGUCGGCGCUGUUGUUGCAGCUGUUUACGGGCAGUUUGGACCAAUGGGCAGCGCGUGUUUCUACGACGCUGUCAAAGGCAAUGUCGCAAACCUGUCUUUUACGACCAUCCCACUACCAAUCGUCAUGACGGUGAACAUCACACUGUACAUCUUAACUUGGUUCAAGAUCAGAAAUCAAGUGAACAACUUGAAGAACACCUUAGGGCCACUUACCAGAACGACGAACGCACCUUGCAAAGCUGCCAGAAACAUGUCCAUGUUUGUAUUGACUGCGUUCGUGCAAUGGUGGAGUGUGGCUGUCUUUGGCGUCUGGGCUUUGGUUGUCAACAACCCGGCUCAAAUUCCGGAAAUUCUUCACGACAUUGGGGUCAUAUUUACUAAUCUUGGAGGCAUCAUGAAUCUGAUCAUUUAUCUCAAACUCAAAAGGACAGAUCUUCAACGACAGACAAACGAGUUGAGGGCAGCAAGCAGCAACACGACAAUCAAGACUUUGUCCACCGGAAGCAACCAAAGCAAAGAUUCCCUAUCCGAUGUUCCCAGGACAUAG